AUGUCAAGUCCCUUCGGUGAGCCUCCUCCAGAUAUAGACCUCAAAGAAAACCACACGCCCAGGAACCAUGCCACGGUCCUGACAGUGUACAUUCUCGCCAUCGUUGCGGUUGCUUUACGAAUCACCGCCAGGCUAAAGGUGCAGCAAGCCAAUGUCCUGGCGGAUGACUGGUUGAUUUGUAUAGCACUUGUCUUUUCCGGCUUACUGAGCGCAAACAGAUCCCAGUCACAGCGAAUCUCGUCUGCACCAUUGCGGCUUCUGUUAGCAUAUGUCCUCAUCUAUGUCGUUGCUAUUCCCUUGAUCAAGCUCUCUAUCAUCCUGUUCUACCGCCGCAUCUUUGGCAUGAACUGGGUGAUGUGGAUUUGUGUACUCUUGACCGUUGGCUACUGGUUCUCAUGCACUGUUGCGUUCCUCGUUUGUUGCCGAACAUUAUCAUAUUACUGGACACAGUAUCGGGACCCCGGCGGGGGCAAAUAUAUCUUCAACCUCUACCCAUUCUACAUCGGCAACGCGGCGGCCAACGUCGCAACAGACGGUAUAAUCCUGAUGGUUCCCAUCCCUCUGGUCUGGAAACUCCAGAUGCGAACGGCACAGAAGGUCCUGGUGUCCAGUAUCUUCCUAUUGGGAGGAUUCGUGUGCGUCGCGAGCAUCGUCCGCAUCUAUUUCAUGACCCUCCUCAGCAGAUCUCUCGACAUUACCUGGAUUAUGGGCGACGUGUUCAUCUGGUCCAGCGUGGAACCGUGUAUCGGCAUUGUCUGCGCCUGUCUUCCAACCUUACAGCCUCUUCUCAAAUCCGCUCUCAAGCAUAUUCUCGGAUCCUCUCUGGUAGCAGGCAAAUUUGGCGCGAGUUCGUCUCAUGAGGUUGAGCUCCAGCGUAAAGCAAGAAUCCAGCGUGUCUCAAGUAGCCGUGAUAAACAUUGUCUCUUACGCUCCCUUGACGACAGCCAGCACAGAAACAAUGAUGAACGUUUGAUUCUCCGGCCUAAAGAGGACAAAGCAAUCUUGACGACAAAUUCAGAGCCUGCCGAAGACACCCAAUUCGCGGGGGACGAAUGUAGCGACGGUCAAAGAAUUGAAAACGAUUUCAUGUCGAUCCGAGUUCAUCGGGAAUUUCGGCGGCAAGAAGAGUAUACUGGCCGGUGA